CCUCCCCAGCCGGCUUCGCGAGGUGGUUCGCUCCGGUAGCUCGGCUCUCGCCGGUUCCGGCGAGCGGGCGAGGCGGGGCGCGGGCACCGGCGCGGCGGACUCCAGCGCAGCGCGCCCCGGUCGGCACCGGCGCCGCGGGUUCCGCCGCACCCCGCGCCUGCCGCCGCGAUGCUGGGGCUGCUCGUGGCGCCGCUGGUCCUGGCGCUCGUCUACUUCGCGCUGCUGGACGGUUGGUACCUGGUGCGCGUGCCGUGCGCCGUGCUGCGCGCGCGCCUGCUGCAGCCGCGCGUCCGCGACCUGCUGGCCGAGCAGCGCUACGCGGGCCGCGUGCUGCCCUCGGACUUGGACCUGCUGCUGCACAUGAACAACGCGCGCUACUUGCGCGAGGCCGACGUGGCGCGCGCCGCGCACCUGACGCGCUGCGGGGUGCUGGGGGCGCUGCGCGCGCUCGGGGCCCGCGCCGUGCUGGCCGCCUCGUGCGCGCGCUAUCGCCGCUCGCUGCGCCUGUUCGAGCCCUUCGAGGUGCGCACCCGCCUGCUGGGCUGGGACGACCGAGCGUUUUACCUGGAGGCGCGCUUCAUCAGCCUGCGCGAUGGCUUCGUGUGCGCGCUCCUGCGCUCCCGCCAGCAUGUGCUGGGCACCUCGCCGGAGCGCGUCGUGCAGCACCUGUGCAAACACAGGGUGGAGCCCCCCGAGCUGCCAGAGGACCUACGGCACUGGAUUGCCUACAACGAGGCCAGCAGCCAGCUGCUCAGGGCUGAGAGCGGCCUCAGUGAUGUCGUCAAGGACCAAUGACCACCACACCCAGCCCGCCAGCCUCAACGUGGGGGCACUUGCCUGCCGGUCCCUGCCUGCCAGGGCCAGAGGGUGCGGGAUGGACCCGCCAGGCCCACGUCUCCCAGCUGGAGCGGUCCACGACCAGCCCUGUCGGCCCAGCACCGCCCCCCCCCCCUCCACCGCCCCAGCCCGCUCAGGCCUCCCCCUCCGCCCAUUACUGAUGUCCCCCUCCCCCAUACUGUGCUGGGCACGGGAUGGGGGUGACUCAGAUGCCCUGACACAGCUCUGCCCUCAGAGUGGAGGUGACGGGAAAAGUGGGAGGCCCAGGACCCUUGGGACGUGGGCUGUGGGGCUGGGAGUUCGGCCCCACCCUGUAGGUGAAGCCAGUCUGGGGCCCCAUGGUGUAGGUCAGAGCCACCGGGGCCCCAGAGCUGCCUCCUUCCACCCUGUCCCGGAACCCGGCCGCCAGCUGGAGCCAGGAGCGCAGGGAUGCCCCCCGAUUCCUUGCCUGCCCCCCACGCUGAUCUCUGCCUUACAGCUGCAACGGGAAAGCUGCAAUGUUUCUGUUUUAUUUAAAGAAACCCCAAGAUUAAAGGGUUUUUAAUGUCA